AGACUUUGGAACUGGCUGGACACACUCACACGUCCCCGCAGCCUAAUCUCAAGUCAUCUCCUAAGAAGCACCACGCCUGGAGGUAUAAAAGGCCCAAGACAGUCAGCUUCAGACCCGAGGAAAACUCCGACCGAUCGCCCGUGACCUCCCGGAGCUUACGGAGCUACAAGCCGCCAACAUGACGCGUGUGGCGGGAACAAAGCUCUGCCUGCUGCUGCUGCUGGGCUCCUGCGCGCUCGCCCAAGACGCAGGGAGUCCAGACGAGACAUGCCGCUUGGCCCGGCGAUUCAAGAACUUCAGACGCUACGUGUACGACUACGAAGCUUCAGCGGUCAACAUGGUGAAAGGAGCCAGCGACCAGAAGACUGGACCUAAAGUCACCUGCAAAGUGGAGAUGGACGUACCCAGGACCUGCGCCUUCAUCCUGAGGACCACAGACUGUUCCCUCAUGGAGAUCUCUGAUGUGGACUCCAGUGGAAACGCCAUCUACGUGCCUGCGCCUGGAGCCGAGGUCUUCAGCGAGGAGAUGUCCAAGAACCCGCUGAUGUUCCAGGUGUCUGAUGCCGGCGUGAACCUGUACCCAGAGGACGACUCCACCCUCAUCCUGAACAUCAAGAGAGGCAUCGUGUCGGCUCUGAUGGUGCCCCCCAGAGAGGAGACCGCCACGCUGCAGCUGCCCACAGUCCAUGGACAGUGCUCCUCAGAGGUGACGGAGAAGUACAGAGACGAGAGCACGUCUCAGGUGACCAUGCGCAGAGACCUGGGCUCCUGUGAGGGGCUCGUCCACAAGCAGCACACCAGCCCCCUGGCCCUCAUCUCCGGCAUGAACUCUCCUCUGUCUAAACUGAUCAGCGCUGAGCAGAUCUGUGACUUCACCUUUGACACCCAGAAGAGGCACAUGAGCACAGCCUCCUGCACCGAGACACACCUCUUCCUCCCCUUCUCCCACCAAAACAAAUAUGGCGUCUCGACUGAGGUGCACACCUCUAUGAGCCUGAGGGACGUGUCCAAGAUCAACGACAGAGUCUUCUCUUAUGAUGAUAUGAAGUUGCGCAGCUUGCACAUGGAGCCAGUGGAAGACAAGUCCCUGGUGCAGACCAAAGACGCUUCCUUGGACCUCCUGAGAGUCCUGCUGUCCCUCAGAGACCUGAAUAAAGACGAGACGCGCGCCCCCCUCUUCCGCCGCCUGGUGUUGGAGCUCCGCGGUCUGAGGGCUGACACCGCACGCGACGUUGCUGUGGAGAUGUUCGAACUGUCCGAGAGAGUGACCGUCCAGGCUCUGCUGCAGUGUGGGACCCCGGAGUGCCUGAGCGCCCUGCUGAAGGUGCUAAAGCCCUACCCCAUGGACGCCGUGGUCAUGGGCCUGGGGAUGCUGCCCAACCCCUCACGCCAACUGCUCGCUGACCUGCUGGAGAUGGCCAAGUACAAGCAGAGCAAAGCCGUCAUGUACGCCCUGGGAAACGUCGCUGUGAAACUGGCCACUGCUGAAGGUUAUGAAGUGCCUGAAGUGGCUGCAGUCAGUGAGUUCUUCAUGUCCAUCCUCGGAGCAGACUGUUCUGGAGACAAGGAGCUCACCUUCCUCACACUCAGGGUUAUUGGAAACAUGGGAGCUGUUCUGGAGGUAGUUGACCCGUCCAUUAAAGGGACUCUGCUCAAGUGCAUGAGACAACCAGCCACCACUUUGUCCGUGCAGCUGGCCGCCAUCCAGGCCUUUAGACGCAUGAAGAUCACAGACGAGGUGCGCUCUAACCUGCAGCGGGUGAGCCAGUAUCCCAAGGGUGCUGUGCAGAAGCGCCUGGCUGCCUACCUGAUGCUGAUGAGGAGCUACGAGGACAGCGACUUGGAGAUGGUGAAGAGGCUGUUGGAGAAGGAGCAGAACGCCCAGGUCAAGGCCUUCAUCGUCUCUCACGUGUACAACAUCCUCACCUCAGAAGACCAGACACUGCAAGAGUUGAGAUCCAAGUUGGAGCAGGUCAUGCAGGACGCUGAGGCCCCUCAAGGUCUAUUCGCACCCGAGUCCCGUAACUUCAGGCUGCCCGGUGUCCAAGGAAACCUCAUCUUUGACCCCAACAGCCAGCUGCCCCGAGAGGCCCUGCUGGAGACCACGCUGGAGGCCUUUGGAUUCAAGAUGGACAUCUUUGAGUUGGGCAUGGAAGGCAAAGGUCUGGAGCCCACAGUGGACGCUCUGUUUGGGAAGAACGGCUUUUUCCCCGACACCAUCUCCAAAGCUCUGUACUGGAGCGAGGACAAGAUGCCCCCUAAGAUCAGGGAGGUGCUCAGCAAGUGGACCGCACCGUUCAAAGUCCAGGAUCAAAAGGUAUCUGAGGAUCUAAUCAGAGAAAUCGUGCGUAACUUCAACAAGCUGCUGAAGGACCUCCAGAGCUCCGAGAUGCCCGACGCCACGGCCUAUCUCCGCCUCAUGGGCACUGAGCUGGGCUACAUCAAGACCAACGAGCUGGAGUCAAUGGCCAGGACCCUCCUCACAUACACCGAGAUGUUUGCCUACCUUCUUCCAAGGCAGGAGAUUCAGAGCUUCCUGAAUGGAGACAAUGAGCUGUUCGCCCAUUACAUGUUCAUGGACAACAAGUUCACGAUGCCCACUGCUUCUGGUCUGCCCCUGAGCUUUCACCUGACUGGUACCUUCACCCCGGGCGCCAAGGGGAAAGUCACCUUUGACCCCAAAAUGAUGGAGCUGUCAUUCAAGCCUUCUGCCGGACUGGAGUUCAUGACACAGAUGGGUGUGCACAUGCCUGAGAUGGUGAGAUCUUCCCUGGAGAUGACCACCGAGCUGUUCCAUGAGAGCUCCUUCAACGCCAGGAUCUCCAUGGAGAAGAACCAGAUCAAACUGUCCAUGCCCGCGCCCAAAAACAACAUCAAGCUCCUUCACGUCAAAAAUGACGUAAAGAUCAUCGGUCUGGGCAAAGCUUCUGUGAUCCUGCCCACGUACUCAGGGUUGGACUGCUCCACCCAGUUGCCGGGGAUGAAGCUGUGCUACGCUGUGUCCGGAGCAUACAGCGGAGACGACCGUCCAUACUUGCCCCUGAACGGAGCUGCACGCUACAUGCUGGACAUCAUACCUGUGGGCGAAGCUGUAGAAUACACUGCCACCAUCAGCUACAACCUCCUGAGUGAAGGCAAAGAUGGCCGCCAUAAAGUGGACGCAGUCAAUGUGGCCCUGGUAGUGGAGGGCGAUGGCAAGUCCUCUGAGGCCACUCUCCUGAUGAAGUACAACAGGAACAAGAACCUUCUAACCUCCCAGCUGCGGAUGCCAGACUUUAACUUUGAGACCGGACUGAGCCUGGGAAUGACCGAGAGCAGCUCAGGCGAAAAAGCCCUCACUCUGGACGUCUCCAUGCAGAAAGAGCGACUGGUCUCCGUCACUACCCGUGUCAAACUGCAGGACAUGACAGACGGGCUGGUACAGGUCCACCUGGUGGCGCCCCCCUUCCGCACAGAUGCCGCCCUCACGGCCGCCAUGAACAGGGACAACGGGCUACUCCUGGAGUUCAGCAGCGACGUCAAACUGCCCAAAUCCGCCUCCACCCAGGCCGUCACCUUCAAAUACGGAGAGGAGCGGGUUGAGGUGAAGCUGGUGUCCAUGGUGGACGCGGAGACCAAAGUGUUGGCGGAAAACAGUAAACUGGCCCGGGACUGGCUCAUGCUGUUUGCGGACGGAGUCAUGGACCAGAGAGUGGUCAACACCGACAUGAAAGUGAGACAUAUCAUCAACAAGGGCCUGGAGGCUGGUACUAUCUGGAUGGACAAGUUCAAGGGUGACUUUCCCUAUGUGGAGACUCUGAAGAACAACAUUGCAAACAUGGAAAUACCAGCCAUGCCUGAGAAACUGUUCAUGAACUUUGAAAGUGCACUGAAAUACAACUUCAACCAAGAUUCCAUGAUCCUCUACCUCCCUGUACCUUUUGGUGGCAAGACGUCAGAGGAGCUGCGCAUCCCAGCCCGAGUCACCAUCCCCAGGGUCAACGUCCCCCAGAUCAACAUGGACUUCAGCUCUAAGGACAUUUCUAUCCCCACCUUCACCGUCCCCAUCGAGUACGAGCUCACGGUCCCCCUCAUGGGCAAAAUGGAGAUGACAACCAAGAUGGAGAGCAACCUGUACAACUGGGAAGCCAUGGUGGCUGUGGGCAACUACACCGAGGAGUCACCCAGCUACAAGGCUGAAUACAACAUCAGGGGAGAGGGCCCCAUCAAGCUGCUGUCCUUCUCUAAUGCUGGAACUGCCGAGCUCUUUGAGGAAUUCAAUGGUGUCACCACAUCCCUCUUCUUCGGUUUGAAGCACGAACUCCUCCGCUCUGAAAUCAAAGUCCGCAACAACUUCGGCAUCACUGACAACAUCUGGUCCGGAGGCAGGAUCGUCAUGACCGCCAAAGCGCCGGGAGUAGAUACUGCAUUGAGCACCUCCGCACAGUUCACCCUCGCUCCCACCAUGCUUUCUGGUGACAUGAAUUCUGAUGCUAGCAUGACCGUUGGACCAAUUGAAGCUACCUGCACAUCCCAGAACACCUUCUCCUUUGAGCCGGCUAAGAGGGAAGCUAAAGCCGAAAGCACUGUCAGGUUCAACUCUGACAUUAUGAAGCUCGCCAACAAAAUCAAGAUGUCCUAUGCUAACAAUGAGCUGAUCAUGGAUUCAAACACCAACAUGAACAGCGAGCCACUCAAGCACACCACCAAAAUUAAUGUAGUGUACAAGGAUGUCAAGCUUAGCAUCCAGGGUGACUCUGUGACUAAAGCUAGCGAGGAGAAAAUGCUGCGUAGCCAGAUGGAGCUGCUAGCAUCUGGAGAGCAAGUGACAUUGAGAGUGGAAAACCAAGUAGACGAUUCUUCAAACCGUGCCUACUCCCUGUUGACCGGUUCCCUGACGCCAUCCGGGCUGGAGGUCAACUCAGAUGCUUCAGUCAAUGUCUUCUCCAGCCUUGCCUCUCACAAAGCUACCCUUACAUUUGAUAGCAAUGGCCUGACCACUAGCUGCACCACCACCGCCCAAAUUACCCCACUCACAUUUGAAAAUGUUUUCCACGCAGGAGCAGAUUCUACUGGGGCUACGAUGUCUCUUACCACGAAGGGAGGCAUCAGAGAGAAUAAGGCCGAGCUGAAUGUCGAGGGAAAGAUUGCAAGCUCCGAAGUCUACCUCAACAGCAUCAUGAAAGGCAAUUUCUUCGACUUAAACGGAAGGAACAGAGUCAACUUGAGGCUUAACCAAGAUGGCCUGAUCGCCUCAAACAACAUGGUGGCUUCCUAUAAUGAAAUCAGCACCAAGAACUCCCACACGCUGUCUCUCAACAUGAGGUCUUUCACUCUCCAAUCCAAGACAGACAACUUCUUGAACAGCGAUAACACCUACAUGCACGAUAUUACAGUCAAUGUUGAGCGCUUUACCACCAAUGCCAUCAUGAAAAACGAAAUGAAGAUUGUCAGUGUUAGCUUCAACAACGAUGCACAGUUCAAAGCAGAGCCCUACACCAUGGAACUGGUUGGUACGACUAUGGGCAAAUACAAUGACGAGGAGAUGCGCCAUACCUAUGAACUCAAGUUUGUCGACAUGAUCUUGUCCGCCAAAUGCAAUACCAACGGCAAACUGUUGGAGCACCACGUCACACACUCUGCUGAGAUGGAGAUUUCCGGCCUGACAGUGGCAUUCAACGAUGUCGCUAGCAUAAACUCCCCAAUCCUGCGCUUUGACGGCACCUUCAAAACCAGUGCAGCACCCUUCACCCUGAACAUUGAUGCCAUCUGCAACUCCAAUGUUGAUUACAACUUCUACGGGGAGAAGAACGCCCAAAUGUACAGCAAAUUUUUGAUGAAAGCCGAGCCUUUUAUGUUUACCCACGCAUUGGAACACAGAGCAUCCGCCAAUGUGAAAGACAUGCAGGGAGAACUGACCCUCCAGGCCAGCAUGGACAAUAAGUUCGACAGCUUGGUCACACUGAAAGAGCAGAGUGUCAACUUGAAAAUGACAUCCAACAUGAACGAGCACACUUUCAAUCAUGAGCUGAGCGCCUUCAACAAUGCAGAGAAAGUUGGCAUUGAGAUGACCAAUGCGGCAUCUACUUCUCUAUUAGCUGAGAAAAACAGAGACUAUAGCCUUUCUGGUUUCGUGAUCUAUGAGAAGAAUGGAGAAAGCCACAUCAUGAUCCCCUUCAUCGAGUAUUUGCCAGCAGUGGUUGAAACUAUCAGAAAUGCAGCAAUUAAAAUUAUGGACCAAGGCAUCAACGGCGUGAAAAACCUUGAUAACAAGUACCAAAUUAGCACAAGAGUUCACAGGAAAAUCACAGAGCUGAAAGAGGUCAUUGACAACUUCGACAUAAACCUCUUCGUCCAAGAUGUCAAGAAGUUCCUCAGCUCCAUUGAAAGCACAAUCACCAACCUGACUGCCAAGUUCCCCACCGACAAAGUUGUGGCUAUGCUGAAGUCUGUCAAGGAGAUGAUCAUGACUUGGAUCAAGAAGUACAACCUGGUUGAGAGGUUCAACAUCCUCUACAGGAAAAUGGAGGAGAUCCUGUCCAAUUACGAAGUGGAGAAAAUGAUUGGUGCUUUUAUGGAUGAGGUGGUUAAGAUCAUGAAGCAGUAUCAAGUGAGAGAGAAAAUCCAAACCGUGUUCGCUAAUAUUAAGUCUAUCGACAUCAAGCCAGUCGUCAAGAGAGUGAUGCUGCCAGUUCAAGGUUUGGUUGAGGAACUGUAUGCUGUUGACUUCAAGCAAUUUGUUGAAGAUAUUAAUGACUUUGUCCUGAGAAUGCUGCAGAAAGUCAGAUCUUUUGACUAUGAGACAUUGUCCAGGGAGGUGACAGAAACCCUGAAAGAGAUGAGCGCUGUUCCAUGUCUCGGAAAGCUGUUGGGAGAAGUCAAAGUGGUUUCCCCGCAUUACAAGAUGAAGACCAAUGUCAACUUUGAAAACAAUACUGUUAGCUUAGACACCCUAGACCUUCUGUUCACCCUUAAAUCCAAUGCUGAUUCCACAUUAAAGCCACUUGAAUACACCCUUGACGCCUCUGCUAAUGUUGCCCUGCCAAGAAUGAGCUACUUGACCAUUGCCGAAAGCCUCAAGUUUGACCAUUACGCAUUUCAGAUGGACCACCAGGCUUCCACAAACAUCUACAUGCACUCUGCUUUGGCGUCUGCUGAGACAACCGCAAAGGCAGACACUGAGCUGUACAGGGGAGAGCUCCUCAACAAAGCUUCCCUCACCAUGGAGAAUGGCAUCUCUUCCAAAAUGGAGACCAGCUACAAGCAAGACCUCCGAUUCCCACUUCUUAGAAUCUUCACUGACAUGGCCCUGAACCAAAUUACAACUUUGGAGAUUCAGGAUGGCAGCGCUACUUUGAAAUUGGAGAAUGCUGCUGAUGGUAAAGUGAACAGUGAUGAGGCCAACCACAAGAGCAAUAUGGAAGUUGUUUUUGAUCUCCACACAGCUAAGAUCUCCUUCAGUGGGGUUACUGGUGCUAACAGCAUGAAAGUUAUGGAGAAAUUGGAUGCAGACAUUUGCAUCUUCCGACACAUUAUCCUAGAUGCUAAGAUGGAAACUGAAGCUCCAUUCAUUAAAAACAGUGUUGCUGAGGUUAAAUUCCAGGCAAAGGCUGAGGACUCCAACAUUGACUUCACCGCCUCCCACAACGCAGAGCUUGUUGGUGAAAUUGAAGGAAAGCUUAUUAAAUUUUUGGUAUCCUUGAUCAUUCCAAAUGAUGUUGUAGCACCUUGGAAACUAUCAGGCAAAGUAGAUCUCCAAAACGUUUUAUCAUUUGCUCUGAAUCCAAUGGAGCAGAGGGCUAGCUGGACAAACCUGGCUCGAUUCAACCAGUACAAAUACUCCCAUUUGUUCAGCAUGGAAAACCUAGAGGGAGAAAUGAACAUCAUGUACCAAAUCAAUGGAGAGGCCAAUCUGGAUGUGCUGAAAGAACAAGUAACUAUCCCAGAAAUUGAACUGCCAUAUCUGGAUAUCACUAUCCCAAGAAUGGACGAUGUUUCUCUGUGGGAGGAUGCAGGUCUUCGCUAUUUCUUCAUCACCACCCAGCAAACUCUCGACAUCAACGGCAACUUGAAGUACAUGAAAAACCCAGACAUGAUCGUCAUCAACAUAGAACCCAUGAUGAAUGCCAUCAACAAGAACACCAAAGCUUUCCACAAACGCAUGCUCAUCGGAAAAGACAAAGUCGCCGCCCUUCUCACUCAAACUUACGGUAAAGCGAAGGAAGAGUAUGAAAAGUACAGUGCAGAGUUGCCCAAGACGAUCACAAUCCCAGCAUACAGCAUACCAGUUGUGGAUGUCAAGAUUUCCACCUACACCAUCCCGCUGCCUGACGCUACCUUGUUCAUAAUUCCAUCUUUCCACAUUCCAUCCGCUCUGAGCAAACUGACCAUUCCCAAAGUCACCCUGCCACAAAUUAACAGCAUCAACAUCCCACGUUUGGGAGAGAUGACGUACGAGUUCUCCGUGAAGACCGCAAUGCUGACUCUUAAAACCAAUGCUGGUCUUUUCAACACUGAAGAAGCUUUGACCAUGAAGCUGGAUGCCGCCUCCACUUCCGAGUUUGAGUUGCUUUCUGGAAAUCUUGAAGGCACGGCUGUUAUCAAGACCAAUGACGGGCUGAAGAUGGAUUCCAACAUGGCUGCGAGGCACGCCAUGGUAGAGUUCAACCACAACAAUGCUAUCAUCCUUUAUCCCACCAUGGCAAUGGACAUGACCAACUCCCUGAGACUUGCAACAUCCUACGACCUUGAGCAGUCCAUGAAGAUCAACAGAAAUGAGGGUCUGCUGGUGUCCCUGUCCAAUCCAUCCGGACUCAUCGGAGUGCAGGUUGUCCCCAAGUCCCUGACUGUUGUGAAGGCCAGAGUCUACGGAAGCUACCCAUCUGAGGAGGACAUGGACAUCGUGGCCCUACAGCUGUCCGUGGGCAAGAGCCUGAAUGUCCAGACCAACUGGAACAUGGAGAUGCCUUAUGACGCUAUGCUAGCAGUCCAAGCUAAAAUGCCAAGUGUAGACACCUAUGUCGAUGUUUCUCGUAGUUUGUAUAGAAACGUGCAGCACCAAGCCACCAGAGUUAGCAGAAAUGUGGCUAAGUCUUUCGAGAAAGCUAAAGAUGAGGGUGUAGCCAUGUUUAAACAGACCAUUGAAACUGUCUCUGCUAUGGAACCCUACGAGUACAUGACAACCUUUGCAGAUGACGCUAUUUUGAGCCUCAGGACUUGCCGUACUAGAGUCGCGAUGAUUUUAGAUGCUGUUGUGAAAUUCCUUGGAGAAACCAAUUUCCAACUUCCUGGUUAUACUGAAAAAGUCACUGGACUCGAGCUGUACAAAAUCGGUGCCGAGUUUGUCUCCGAUGUUUCCAAAGAAGCUAUCGAUAAGAUUCCAGAAUACAUCUCCUCAGUGUUCACCCCAGUAAUUGAGUAUUUUAAAACGCUAGAAUUUCAGUUUUCUAACAGUAUUGUGAGGGGUAGUGAGAUUCUGGAAGACUUUACUGUAUUUAUUAGCAGACUUCAAGAACAAAUGAAAAUCAUGGUUAAGAAAAUUGCCAACUACCCACUUGAGGAAAUCUUUAAAAAUCUAAAUUCUCUUUCACAGUUCGUUAUGUUGCAAACUGAAAAUUUAAUCGAAAUGGUCCGAUCUGUAGACGUGGACCGAAUGACCAACUUCCUUAGCGAGGUUUACGAAGACGCUGUUAAUUCCCAGUUUUUGAGGAAUAUCAUUAAACAGUUAGAAAAGGUGUACCUGAUUGUGUGGGAUUACAUCAGAACAGUCCAAGCGAGAGUCCAAAACAUGAUGGAAGACUUUUCCGUUAACCAGUUUAAAAACGACAUUGAUGCUAGCAUCAACAGAAUCGUCAAAAAUAUGAAUGCUUUCCAGAAUAACAUCAUUGAAACUUUAAAAGAAGAAACUAGAUCCAUAGACAAAUAUGUUAAAAUGGGUGACAGAAAUAUGGAAAUUGACGUACCUUUCCCAUUUGUGAACUGAGCUCCUGAUGCUAGAAUCCAACAUGGCACCUGGGCAUUGGCAGUAAGCUAACUGUAUGUUGAUGAAGCUUGUGUUAACUCCUUUUUUAAAUGUUUAAUUGUUUUGUUCUCACUAUGAGGUGGUAGUGGUCGCAUUUGUGUCUUGUAUUAUUUAAAAAACAAUGUGUGUGAUCAAUAAAGAGUUUAUACUGCAAA